AUGGGUGGGAUUAGAAAGCUGAUGACGAAUUCGGAAUGGUGUCCCCGUGGCCGGCGAGGAACGAUUCAAGCAGGGAAUUUCUUCCCCAGCCGUCCAAGCCGGCCAUGGGGGUGGGAGCCGGGUCGUCGAUAUGUCGAUUACGGUUGGCGCUGCCGGGACACCACGGAUCAAUUCAUUAUUGGUCCGACGUCUCAGGAAAUCCCAUCUGCAUCUCUCAACAAACAAUAUGAGACCGCAUCCUCCGUGAUACACCUAGAUCUGGAAGCAGUCGGUAUCCCUCAGCCAACUUCCACCACGACGAAGAGGAGUGGGAUAUGCAAUACCCUAAAUGUUCCUGCUUCCAAAGGCGGACUUCCCCUCGUCCCAAUUAUGGUACCCCCCCAGCUACGGGGUGGGUGGUCUCUGCACUCCCUUGACGGGGUUUUAUCAGAAAACCCCGAGAGCGAUGGUGCAAACCAAAAUCGUGGUAUCCGACACGGGAAUCAAACUCAGCCCGAACCAAAGAAUAGCCCUCCAAUGCUCUUCUGGAUCAACUUUCAAUACAAGAGCUGUUUGCUUACAGACCUCACCACCUUUCUCCCAUUCGAUCCCCCGUGUCGCCGAGCAUCUGGACCGGCGACACGGGGGUUCGAAUGGGAGAUCCUUAUCAGCCAUGGCUCCGUUCUCGCCUGGCCGGAGAACUAUCACGUGGCCGGUGGUGGCCGGCCCUUGGAGCUGGAGGCUCGUCUCAAGCAGCGAGUCGACACAGAGUUGAGGGUGGUGGAGCUUCUUGGAAACAAGGUCUCCAAAUACUGGGAGAAGCUCCACUGCCCUCAACUACUGGGGAGAGAUUUGCUCCCUUCUACUGAUCCUCGUCGGCGGGGUUUACAGCACAAGAAGACAACAUACAGCCGUUUAGGCGUCGGCGAGUUGCAGUACAACAAACACAGCAACCCUUGGAUCGCUUCAGCAACAUCGGCAAGUCACGACGUAUCAUAUACAGACUCUUCCAUGACGGCCUGUCUCAAGCCCGCCGAGGGCAAAACCCACUUCCCUGUUCCGCGGCAUCUACUCAACUUACACGCUGGGAGCCUGCAACGAGGAGUCAAUAUACAGCCCAGCCUCCUCCCCUUAUUCCAAUCAUUCACCACCGAGCAACAACUGGGUGCAGACGAACACGGGGCCAUCACAAACGUUGGGAGCGUGCUCCGGGAUACGCGGAGGCUCGGCAAAAUCGUGCCCUCUCCAACCACGGCUGGCUCUCGUCAAUUCCACCCAUUUUCCGCCUGGCUCGCUUGGCCGGACAAUGGGUGGAAGCAAAUGCAGACACUCCCAAGUCUAUGCGAGAGCCAGGCCCACCGUGACUUGGAAGCAAGGGUGGGGCGUCGUCUUCCCUUCGCUCUCUUCAUCGUCCGCCCCAUCGUAGAAGUGGACGAUGAUGGGGCGGGACGCGGAAGGCGGAAGGAGAUGCCCCGCGAGAUGGGGGGGGGGGGGGGGGCGUUCCCCGAUACGAUCCUGAUGCCCUUGAGAUACGAAGGUCCUUAUGGGAGUCGUUUCUUGUUGUCGCCAGCUCAGGCAAAUCCGCAUGAGAGACUUUCCAUGUUCUCGCCACUUCCGAACUGCCAGCAAUUCGAUCGAGAUGAAAGAACAGAUCGAGCAAUGGCACAACGACCUGGAAUCUAUGGUCGGGGUUCGCUUCAACACACUCAAACAGAUCCGAGACAUGGAGCCCUAGAUGGGAGAUCCCUCGUCUUCUCGUCCAGCCCAGCAACAACAAAGAGCUCAACCUACACGACAAAGGAAAGCGAGCAGUCCCAAGCUGGACUCCAAUGCAUGGUCGGAGGCCGUGCGGACGAAGCUCGAGCGCUCCGCUCCGUGGAGGUCUGA